GUUUUCAUUAGAGAAGCUUGGAGAUGUGAAAAAAAAAAAACCAAACAAACCAGGGUGUGGGAUGUGAGAAGGAAAGCUAAUAUGAUUAAGGCAGGAUUUGGGCACUGGUGGAGAGCUGCCGUAGGUGGUGGGUAUUAGCAGUAACAGCUGCUGCGCUUCCCAUUAGAGGAGAAAGUGAAGAAGGUCCCUGAAAGGAUGGGUCUCUGGCAGGCCGGGAUAGCAGCAGCGGCAGCAAGCCCAGCGGCAGACGUGUCCCGAGGAUGGAGGACAGCAGGAGAGCCCACAUAGCCAUUGUUGGCUGGGCAUGCACAACCUUGUGUUUGGUCUCUUACGUGGCUGCCUUCUCACAUGGUGCAAGCCUUUCUGCCUGCACUGACAUGAUGCCCAGACACCUGAGAGCACAGCUGCACAGCCCAAACAACUAUGUUACAGUCCACACCAACAUGUCCUUCUACUCCCCAGGAGACAAGGUUCUAGUGACAGUGAGGAGCACCAGGGAUUUUAUGGGCUUUUUGCUUCAAGCUCGCAAAGUGUCUAACGAUGAAAUUAGUGGCACAUUCAUCUUCAUCCCUCCUGGUUCCAAGCUGCUGGCUUGCUUUGAAGAUGGUGACACUGUCACCCACUCGGACAAGUCGCUGAAGAGAAACCUAUCCUUCGUAUGGAAAGCACCAGACCAACCCAUUGGAGACAUCAAGUUUUUCAUCUCUGUAGUCCAGUCAUACUUUGUUUACUGGGCAAAGAUUGAAUCUGCUGUUGUGGCUCACCGAGGGCAAAACAAAAUGCCUGCUGGCAGCAGUGAGAGGCCUGACCCUGUAACUGCUGUAACUCCUUUGCAGGGACCAGCUGACCCCACAGGUAUGGCGAGCAAAGGUCCCACCUCUCCUGCAGCUGCCACUGGCUUCCCCCUGCACACCACAGUGCCUCCUGCCAGCCCCACCGGCACCACAGCAGUGCUGACACCAGAGCCAGAUUUUGGUGCCCAUCCCAUUGCUGAGCCAAAGCAGCUGGCCCGGCCCUCACGGGCUGUGUCUGGUGGGAACGGUGGGGCCAGCAGCCAGUGGUUGGAGCUGUCCCUCCCCACUCAAGACCCCAGCACCACGGCUGCCAUACAAGAGCUCCUGCCCCAGGACAAUGCCUCCAGCUACAGCACCCCCAACGGGGCAGGGAGCACUGCCAGUGCUGCCACCCCACGCUUGUGUUUGAUGUGUAAAGAAGAUGGGCAGGCCAGUACCAAGAGUGGGAACAUCUUGGAAGCCUCCCACAUUGUGACAGCAUCUCCUUCUGCCCCACACCUACACACUCACCUGGGUGAUGCUGCUGUGACAACAGCCUGGUUUGGCAAUGCUAAUACUGCCAGCAAUUUGUCAUCAGCUUCAAGGCAAAUGGCAGAAAGAAAACUGGCACCACAGCCAGAGAAGGCAGGUGCCAGGGGCAAGGAGGAGGAGGAGGAAGUGGGAGGGAAUACCCUGCCAUGGGUGACCAGACCAGCUCCCGAUUUCGCUGUUCCUGGGAACGGGGAAGACCCUGGCAGAGGGACGAGGCUCCUUGCAGCCCAGCUCGGCAUCCUCCUGGUCUGCACUGCCGCCCUGGGCCUGGCACUGGCAGCUGCCGUGCGCUGUGUCUGUGCCCAGCACUGCCACAAGCGGACGGAGGUCUCCUUCAGUGAGCAAGACCCCGAUGUCAUCACGGUCAGCGAAAACGGGGAGGUGAUGCAUUUCCGAAAGAUCCGGGAGAACAGCUUCGUGCUGGUGCAAACUGAGUAUAACUGGGUCAGCCCCUCGAGCAGCGGGAAGAAGACAAUCAUCUGAACGUCUGCAACUCCAAAAGCUGCUCCUCAGAGGCCGGUGUAGGUGAAAAUAGCCUGGCCUGUACAGCACAGGUUAUAGGAAGCAGUGGUGUAUUUCCUUUAUGUGCUGCCAUAGAGGUAGACAAACUCGAAGUGGCCAGCUCAGACAGACGUGUUAGUCGAAAGUAUCUAAGCUACAGCUGCUAAGAAAAAAGAAGCUGAUAGAUAGUUCAGUGUUACACUUACUGCAAUUAAUAUUGUAUAUCUGCUCAUUAGCUGUCACUGCAGCCAUGACAUACACUUCCUCUGUUGCCUUAAGGGUGUAGCCAAAAAUAGAAAUUCUUUCUCCACGUUGUAGUACUGUCUCCUGUUUAAUCUCAGCAAAAGUUUCUGGUGUUAUGUUUCUUUCUAGGAACUAGAAACCCCUGAUAUAAACCCAACCAUUCUCACUGACGAGCUUACGAGUUUGAUUCUGUGCACUUGGUAUCUCUCAGAUGACAAAAUAUUUGCCAGCAGAUUUUAAGUUUCAAUUUGAAAAUAAAAAGCAGUAACUCAUUAGUGGAGAGCAUUGAUUCAAAAAACACUGAAUUGAUCUGUGGAAGUGAAGCACAGAGUGGCGAACACCAGCUUUUGGGGGAGAAACAUGCUUCCUCAUCAGGUGCAAAUGGAAGAAAACCUUUCCUGUCCAUUUGCACCUGAUGAGGAAGCUUGUUGAAGCCUGACAGCUGGCAUUUACUUAGUCUUUUUCUUCGAGUCAGCUCAGUAACACUCUGUGCAGAAACAUGCACUGAGAAGUACCCUUGCCAGGUCACUUUGGAGAAACCCAGCAAAGGCUGCACGGAAAGUUAACAUCAUCCUUGUGCUCUGAGUUUGUGCAAACUUCUCUCCAACCAUGUGUUUUUCUUCAGGAUGCCACUAAACAGGCCUUGGAAAACAUUAAGAUACUUGACACUUUUUAAGGAGAGGUAACAACAGCAAAAGUUUAUUUGACUGCAGCUUUGAAAGAGACAGAAAUGGUCCUGAUAGUGAUCCUCUUGAGAUGUGUAUUUUAGAGCCCUGCAGAGUGCAGGAAUCACUCCUUCUGGAGUUCUUUUCAGGGCCAGGGAGGGGAGCACAGAUGUUCCCCAAGCUAUGUAAUGACUUAAACUUUGGUGCUGCAGCUUAUUUUGCAGCCUGAAGCAAUCCCCCGUGAGCUAAGCAGAUAAUGAUGUGACCCUGAUGGCUCACACAUGCUUCCUCAUGACAACUUCUCUCUCUGUCAGGAGGGCCCUGUGGCCAUGUAAAACUGAAUGUCUAUCUUCACACUGGAUAGUCAGUCAAAGCUCUGCUCUCACACCUCCUUUACCUUGCCAUUGACUCCAGAGGAGACAGGAGGGACAUAGAUGAGUUCUUCUAUUGAAACCCCUUCAGUGGGA